GUGCUGCACACCAACAGCCUCCUGCAGCCCUCGCACGGCCCGGAGCUCUCCGCCGCUCUGCUCCGCGUCUUCCUGGACCGAGCUGCCGACCUGCCGCUCCGCAAGGGCUCCAAGCCCCCCUCGGCCUUCGCCAGCCUGGCCGUGCGCGACGUCUCCUUCAAAACCAAGACCUGCGCCCCCUCCACGGAGCCCGUGUGGGACGAAGGCUUCUCCUUCCUCAUCAAGCGGCCGCACGCGGAGUCGCUGGAGCUGCAGGUGAAGGAGGAAGGUGGGCACACCCUGGGCACGCUGAGCCUGCCCCUGGCGCAGCUGCUGGCGCGGGAGGGGCUGGCCAUGGACGGCUGGGUGCCCCUGGCGGGGGGCGCGCAGCUCCUGCUGCGGGCGCAGCUCGGGGUGCUGGUGUCGCAGCAGGUGGAGGAGAGGGCGGCCGGCAGGGGACAGCGCGGGGGGGACGCGGAGCGGCCGCAGGAGGAGGAGGAGGAGGAGGAGGAGGAGGAGGGGGAUGAAGAGGGACCCCCGAACGGGGACAGCGGGGACACCGGGGGUUGCGACUUCUCGGAGGAGCAGACCGCGGGGAGGGUCCCGGUGGUCCCGGCACUGACCCAGGAGGGGGUCCCGGUGGCCCUGCGCUGA